UUGUUCGUAUUCAGUUCAGUUCCAGUCAGUCAAACGCCAUUAAGAAAACAGAGGCACUUUUUACUAGAAUGAGUUACUAUCCGAAACAAAUUUGGUUCUACAUACAGAACAUAUCCACUGGUUUGGUUCUGGACAUAAAGCACAAUGGUGACGGAGAGGUGAUAACAUAUCCGUGCCAUGGUGGAGACAAUCAAUUAUUCAGAUACGACCCGGCAACUCAAAUGAUCCAUAGUAAAAUGAAUGGGCUUGUCUUAGAUAUAAAUCCGAAGGACAACCGUGUUAUCAUGUAUCAUCCACAUGGAGGAUUGAAUCAAAAGUGGAUUUUCGACAGCGACAAUACGAUUAGAAGUCACACCGGUAAAGUGAUGGACGUAGCGAAAAAGGAAAGACUUUUUGGAAAGUCGACUGGUGAAAUGAUCGCCUAUCCCAAGCAUGGCGGUCCGAAUCAGCAAUUUAGACGAGUUUAUGUUUAGCAAUGAUUGGCCGAAGUU